AUGGAGGCGUUCUCGGCGGCUGAGCUGCUGGCGAUGAGCCCCGGCCUGCGCGAGGCCUGCAACCGGGUCGUCGAGUGCGUUCACCCCGAUGACCCGUCGAUUGCCGGCGUGAGUCACGUCAUGUGGACGGGCGCGCCUCAGGAUGCGAGCGCCCAUGGCCGGAACGCCGUCUUCUACGGCUCGGGCGCGCUCGACCGCUCCCCCUGCGGUACCGGGAGCUCGGCCCGGAUGGCGCAGUGGGCGGCCACGGGCAAGCUCGCGCCCGGCGACGAGUUCGUGCACGAGAGCAUCAUCGGCAGCCUCUUCCGCUGCCGCGUCGAGAGCGCGACGAAGGUGGGCAAUCACGACGCGAUCGUGCCGAGCAUCGAAGGUUGGGCGCGCGUCACCGGGCUCAACACCAUCUUCGUCGAUGAGGCCGACCCCUUCGCCCACGGCUUUCAGGUGACCUGA